AAGAUCAAACUUGCAAGCUAUAUGAACUGUUAGUCGUGAAAAUGAUUGCAAAGCCAGAACGAUAAACUGAUUGCUGGAUUGAAGUAGACGUAGCGAAAUCUGGAAUUCUAAAGAAGUUAACGUGACAGUGAAACUCGAUCGAUCACGACAGUCCAAUCAUAUCACCAUGGCACAGAAACUCCGGUGUGUGAUCGUCGCCGUCGAUAGCAGCGAGGAGAGCAUGAACGCGUUGAAGUGGGCCCUAGCAAACCUCAAGCUCCAGUCCUCCUCCUCCUCCGCCGCCGCCGAGGAAAACGGCUGCUUGGUCAUCCUUCACGUUCAAUCUCCGCCGUCAAUCGGCGCCGGCAUCAAACCCGGCGCCAUCCCUUUCGGUGGACCCAGUGAUCUCGAGGUUCCCGCUUUCUCCGCCGCGAUUGAAGCGCACCAAAAUCGCAUCUCUCAAGCUAUCAUCGAUCAUGCUCUGAAGAUUUGCUCCGAUAAGAAUGUAGAUGUUAAGACUGAAGUGGUUGUUGGGGAUCCAAAGGAGAAGAUAUGUGAAGCUGUUGAAAAAUUUAAUGCUGAUUUACUGGUAAUGGGAAACCGUGGAUUUGGUCCAAUUAAAAGGAUGUUUCUGGGAAGUGUGAGCAACUAUUGUUCAAACCGUGCACAAUGCCCAGUCAUGAUUGUUAAAGAUCCCCAGUGAUGAAAGGGCAGGGUUUCAAACACAAGUUCUAGUCUUGUUUGGAUUGUGCGAAGGGUAAUACCCUAUGUGGCUAUGUCAAGAUCGAACAUGCUGGUCCGCCUCGUGCCUCAGCCCGAGCCCGAGCCCGGCUGUCAAAAAGAAUUGGCAUAUAUAUAUGCAAUAUGCAAUGAUUGGCUGUUAGUGUUACUCUGUUGUUAUUUGCAGUGUUUUUGUAUGAGUUUGGAAGAAAAUAUCUAGGAGGUUUAUAUACUUUUGAUGUGUGGUGUGUGAUGGUGAAAAUUUGAAGCAGAUUCUUUAAUUUCUGCGUUACUACAGAUAGAUGAUGAUCGAUCAUUCAUCGGAUUCUUUGUAUCUGAAGCAUAUAUAUUCAUGGUUUUGGGGAUCCGGUAACUUUGAGUCAGUUUUAAGAUCAAUAAUAUGGUGUUUGAGGAGUUUGUGGUC